CCGCUCCGCGCUCCCCGCUCGCCAUUUUGCGCCGGGCGCCGCCGCGGGCGCUCCCCGUCCGCGUCCUGGGCUGACGGCGCCCGCCGGAGCCGGCGGAGGAGGAGGAGGAGGCACCGGGAUGGAGGGUGACCGGCCGGAGAGCCCGGUUGCCAUUAAGGGUAUCGAAAGAGAGCUUAUCUGCCCAGCAUGCAAGGAGUUGUUUACCCAUCCACUGAUCCUUCCGUGCCAGCACAAUGUCUGUCACAAAUGUGUGAAAGAAAUACUUUUUGCGUUUGAAGACUCUUUUGCUGAUGGAGGCUCUGAAUCCUCUAAUCAGAGUAGUCCUCGAAUCAGAAUCUCUGCUUCUAGCAUGGACAGAAUUGACAGGAUUAGUAGAUCAGCCUCACAGAGGAGGUCUUUUGGGUGGAGAGGCAGAAAACGCAAUUCACUGACUCCUAGAUCGACUUUGUUUCCUUGUCCGGGUUGCCAGCGGGAUAUUGAUCUCGGAGAACGGGGCAUCAAUGGCUUAUUUCGCAACUUUACUUUGGAAACCAUUGUGGAAAGAUAUAGACAGGCAGCCAGGGCAGCCAUUGCUAUUAUGUGUGAUUUCUGCAAACCUCCUCCUCAGGAGUCUACAAAAAGCUGCAUGGACUGCAGUGCAAGCUAUUGCAAUGAAUGUUUCAAAAUACACCAUCCUUGGGGAACUCUGAAAGCCCAGCAUGAAUAUGUAGGACCAACCACCAACUUCAGACCCAAGAUUUUGAUGUGUCCAGAACAUGAAAUGGAGAGGGUAAACAUGUACUGUGAAAUCUGCAGAAGGCCUGUUUGUCAUCUCUGUAAACUGGGUGGAUGUCAUGCAAACCAUAGAGUAACAACCAUGAGCACUGCCUACAAAACCCUUAAGGAGAAGCUUUCAAAAGAUAUCGAGUACCUCAUCAGUAAGGAGAGCCAGGUGAAAGCUCACAUCACACAGCUGGAUCUGCUACUGAAAGAAACAGAGUGCAACAGUGAAAGAGCUAAACAAGAAGCAUCUCAGAGUUUUGAGAAAUUAUAUCAUGUCCUGGAAGAGAAGAAAUCUGCAGCUCUUAGGGCAAUUGAAACUUCUAAGAAUAUAAGGCUGGAAAAAUUACAAACGCAAGUGGAAGAAUAUCAAGGGCUCCUGGAAAAUAAUGGCCUUGUAGGAUAUGCUCAAGAAGUGCUUAAAGAAACUGAUCCCUCUUGUUUUGUUCAAACAGCAAAACAACUUCAUGUCAGAAUCCAAAAAGCUACUGAAUCUCUGAAGACCUUUAGGCCAGCAGCUGAAACUACUUUUGAAGACUUUGUGGUGGACACUGCUAAACAAGAAGACAUCCUUGGUGACUUGUCCUUCCAUUCUAAUGGUCUAGAAAUACCAGAAAUCAAUGAAGAGCAGAGCAGAAUGUACAACAAAGCUCUGAUCAGUUGGGAAUGCCCUGGGAAGACAGACUCAGCUGACAUCUAUGUUCUUGAGUAUCAUAAGCUUAAUAGAGAUGAGGAGAAUGUGACAUGGCAGAAGAUUGAAGUUUGUGGCCAGACCAAAGUAGUGUCUGAUCUAGAUGAUGACAGCAGCUACGCCUUUAGAGUUCGAGGAUAUAAGGGGUCCAUCUGUAGCCCUUGGAGCCGAGAAGUUAUUUUGCGUACACCUCCAGCUUCAGUUUUCAGUUUUCUGUUUGACGACAAAUGUGGAUACAACAAUGAACAUCUCCAGCUGAACCCAAGAAGAACUUCUGUGGAAAGUAGGGCUGGAUUUCCUUUACUGCUGGGAUCUGAGCGCCUGCAGGUUGGAUGCUACACAACUCUGGAUUACAUCAUUGGUGACACUGGGAUUGCCAAAGGGAAGCACUUCUGGGCCUUUCGUGUGGAAGCCUAUUCAUACCUGGUGAAAGUGGGAGUUGUUCCUAGCAACAAGAUACAGAAAUUGUUCCACAGUACCCAUGAUGUGACCAGUCCAAGAUAUGAGCAAGACAGUGGUCAUGACAGUGGGAGUGAAGAUGCCUUCUUUGACUCAUCACAGCCUUGCACGCUGGUCACUUUAGGCAUGAAAAAGUUCUUUAUCCCCACUACACCUGCUGCUCCCAAGGAUCCAGCAAGCAGAAUCCUUCCCCUGCCGUCGUGCCUGGGCAUUUGCCUUGACUGUGACAGAGGCAGAGUAGGGUUUUAUGAUGCAGGCCGUAUGAAAUGCCUUUAUGAGUGUGAGGUGGAUUGCUCUGGCAUAAUGUACCCAGCAUUUGCUUUAAUGGGUGGUGCAGCAGUUCAUCUUGAGGAAGCUGUCAUAGCAAAGUACGGAGAGUACAAUGACGACAUCUAGCGCAGUAGUCUCUUCCCAUUGCUGUUUCAAGAUGCAAAAUGAAAGCAGAAGAAUUCUACCUUAGUUUUCGGUCCUGAUUAAUUAUAUUCUACCUACAUGUUGCUCACAAGCCUCUGGCCUGUGUUUUUUUGAGAUAAAGAGUCCAGGCGCUUUCCACACUAAAGAAAUUCUCCUGCCUUUCUUGUCAUCUAUGCAGUGCUGUCCUCCAGAGACUUUUUUUAUGGGGGAAGCAGGGAAGAAGUUUGACUAGCAACCAAAAUUUACUCUUCAGGACUAGCAACCAAAACUUACUCUUCAGGGGUAGAAAUCUGCCUUUUAUUUAACUCAAAUCCUUACAUAGUCAGUUUUGUAUUUAAUGAAGUCAAAACUGACAGUUUGUGAUUGCCAUUCUUCUUUUAAGAAAUCUGCCUGAAUGCCUCUGAGGGGUCAAUGCUUUCCAGUUAACCCUUGAGCACCAGUUGGGCCUUUCAGCACAAAAUAGUAUUUGAAAAAAUACAAUAUAAAACGGGAAGAAAUUAGAAAUCAGAAAUGCCGUUGAACAUUUAAGUUAUAUUGGAAAGAGGAGGGUAAACUUGAAUCUGAUUGCAUGCUGUAUACCUUUAAUGUGAUUGUAAGCUGAAACUCAAGUUCUGGCACAUGGUGUCAUAUAGUUGGUGGCCUGAUGGUAAGUUUCUUUACUCUUCCAGACUUUUACUAUAAGCUAUUUAAAAUAACGUGCAAUUUUACCUUAAAUGUCAGAAUUUGGAGUCAAAACUCAGAAGUGUUUGCAUGUAUGAAUAAUAGUACCAGGUGUUUAAGCAAAAGCAAGGGAGUUACUGACGUGAGUAAUCAUAUGUGAACUUGAAAAAAAUCAGGUAUUUCUUUUAAUACUCACUCUUAUAGGUUAAUUUUUUAUCUAGUAACAGCUUGGGUUUUUCUUAGUAAGAUUGCUAAAAGUGCACUGAUUAAGUUUUGAGACCUAAUUUCUGCCUUAAAGGAUGUCUCCCUUCAGAUUUCAGUUCCUGUAAUGUUAAAAACUGUAUCACACAGUAUUUUUUCCAAGAGUCAUAGAAACACAGAAUGGCUUGGUUUGGAAGAGACCUUUAAAGACUGUCUAGUUCCAAUGCUCAUGUCAUGGCAGGGGCACCUUCCACUUGACCAGGUUGCUCAAAGCUAUGUCCAACCUGACCUUGGGUUGGGACCAGGGAUGGGAAACCACAGCUUCCCUGGGAAACCUUCUCCAGUGUCUUAGCACCCUUAUUGUAGAAAUUUCUUCCUUAUAUCCAAUCUUAAUCUAAACUCUUUUAGUUUAAAAGCAUUGCCCCUCAUCCUGUCUCUACAGGCCUUGGUAAAAAUCUCUCUCUCUCCCCCUCACUCCAUCUUUCUUUUAAGCCCUUUUCAUAUAUUGAAAGGUUGUAAUAAGGUCUAUCCAGAGCCUUCUCUUCUCUAGGCUGAACAACUCCAGCUCUUUCAACCUGUCUUCACAGGAGAGGUGUUCCAGUCCUCUGACAAUUUUUGUGUUUCUCCUCUGUACUGGGAGCCCCAGAGCUGAAUGCAGUACUCCAGUGGGAGAAUCACCCUGAUGGCCACCCAGCAGCCCAGGAUACUUUAUGCGCUGCAAGCACACAUUGCUGAUCAUGGCCAAUUUUUCAUCCACCAGGAUGAUCAAGACCUUUUCUGUAGGGCUGCUCUCCAUCCCCCAGUCUGUACUGGUACUGGGGAUUAGCUGGAUCCAGGUGCAGGACCUUGUGCUCAGUCUUGGGGUACCUCAGGAGACCCACAUCAAGACUGGUACCAGUACAGACCCUUGAGGGACACUACUCAUUACUGGUUUCCACUUGGGCAUCGAGCUAUUGACUGUGAUUCUCUGGAUGUGGCUAUCCAGCCAAUUCCUUAUCCACUGAACAGUCCAUCCAAUCAAACCCAUAUUUUUCAAGUUUAGAGAUAAGAAUGCUGUGGAGGAUCCUAUCAAAGCCUUACAGAAGUCCAGGUAUAUGGUAUCUGUCACUCUUCCCUUAUCCACUGAUGCAGUCACAUGGUCACAGAAGACCAUCAGGUGAAUCAGGCAUGUGAACUCCUGUUGGCUGUCCCUGAUCACUUUCUUGUCUUCCAUAAGUUUUGACUUACCUUCCAGGUGGAUCUGUUACAUGAUCUUACUGGACAUGGAGGUGGACUGCCUCUAUUUAUAGAAACCUAUAUAUAAAAAAAUAGGUUGCUUCCACUGUCAACUUGUGGAAAAGUAAGGAUCUAAAGUGAAGGAUGUUUCUGAUAAAUACUUGGUGCUUUCUAAUUUGGGGAUAUGCCUUCUAAUUUGGGGAUAUGCUUUCUAAUUUGGGGAUAGUGUUGCAUCUUGAUGAAUGUGUGUGAAGUAUGCUUACUAAGUACAUGUAUACAGCUGUAGAGCUGUGAAAUGGGACCUGAAAAUCACAAUACAGUUAAAUGAAUGUAGGCCAUAAUGCAAAACUUUUGUGGGCUUUGCUGUCUGAACUGUUGUAUUGAUCUGAUCUGUACAGAUCCACCCCUCCCAGUGUUCUCUCUCCUAAGCCUCUGACUGGUGGCCACUGUCAGAAAAAAUUGACAGAAAUGUUAUCUGCUCCAAGGUGAGCAUGACAGCCCACCUGGGGCUAGAAAGGCCCAGCAAGGGCAAUUUCUUGUCUAGGUCUCACCUGCAAGUGUUUCUGUCUUGGUAAUGCUAUAUGUGGAAGUGCACUCCUCAGCUUCAGUGUGGGCUUUGAAAAGAAGCAUGAAAGAAAACACUUUCAUGUCCCAGACAGCAGAUGUGAAGCAAGGGAUAUCUUCUGGAAUUUUCUCCUGCAGGAGAAAAGGCAAGUUGUCCCCCACUAGUUAUCCUUUAGGUAAUUUCUUUUGUGAUAGGUGAUUAUCAUCAUAGCCUUUCAUCUCCAUCAUUCCUUCUCCUUCAUCUUUCCUGUUGCUGGAUUGAAGCCAUUGCCCUCUUCUCUGAGGGUGACUGAAGAAGCCCUCCAUAAGACACUCUGUUGCUGUGAGGGAUGAAAACAUUUUGAGUUUUCUGUCUUUCCAUAGCCCUAAAACUGUAUUUGCCUUUUUUAGUUGGUAGUAAGCUGAUUUUGAUGAAGAUUCUUCUCCCUUGGUUUCCAUGCAAUCCUGAUGUUUAGUUGUAAACAAGCUUUGCACAUAGGGGUUUCCCCACCUGAUGUGUUGUUUUGCAUUUGUUAAUGUUGAUAAUGCUUGUUUUUCUAGUCACUCAGUUCUGAGGGCCUUCUGCAGCUCUUCAGUCACUUCUAGACCUGGAUAUUUCUGACUAGCUUCAGAGGUAACACAAACAUGACCAUUUUUUUUUGUUGUUGUUUCCGGGUCUUGGAGUAAAUUAAGUUGUAAUAAGACACAGCAAGUCUUUCUGCUUUUAAAACUUUUCCUUCCUCCUACUUCUUUUACCCUUCAAUAUUUAUUAAACCACGAGUCAAACACUGAAAACUCUUACAUACUGGUACACUCUAUUGAGUAAGUGACACUUGUUUGAGUGCAGCGGUCACAUAGACCCAGGAGAAGGGAUUCUCACUUCAGUAGCUGUGACUUCUCCUAGUGUAUAAUUGGCAUUUGUUGGUUCAUCUACCAAACCUAACACUGGCUUAAAGCUAUAUCAUAGGGUUGAACUUUCUGAUUUCUUGUUUCCAGACCAAUUUUCCCUCCUUAGAGAAAUGUUUCACUUUUGAUUCCUGAGUUUCAGAAAUUGGUCUAAAUUAGAGGGUUUAUGUCGUGGUUAGCGCUCCGCAGUUCCACAUUUACAGUCUUUAUGAGCAUCUGGAUCAGUAUCACCAGAUAAAGGCCUUUUGCUACUUUAUGGAAAUAUUCGUAAGUGGAAAACUCUAUCUUAGAUACGAAGACAGUGUCUCAGACUCAUUGAUUUAUAAAAGGGGAUUACUGGUUUGAGAAUAUAGAAAUAAGAAAUUAAAAAUGUAAGGGUUUUUUUUUCCUACUGUAGUUCUAAAUUCAUUUCGGAUGUGUUCUGCUAUGCAAUUACUUACUCUGGGGGACAGAAACUGAUGCUACUUUAAAUAUUUAUCUACCUUUUGAUAUAUCUGUUUGUAUUUAUCUCAUUCUGAGUUUAAAGAUUGGUUUCGCUUUUGGUGUUACUUGAACACUGCUUAGUAUGCAUUCCAGACAGUACUCUUUGGUGCUUACUUCAGCUUAUUAAAUAAAAAAAACCCCACACUGUCAAGAGGCACUGACAACAUGCUGUGAUAUUUUUUCCACUACCAUGGAAGUGUCAACUUUCAAAAAUGCAGUUCAGCAGUACUUGCCUAUCCAGAUAAUUAUUUUUUCAAGUUUAUCCCUACGAAACAGCACUUUACAAUGUAGACUAAGCUAAAAAUGGUGUGGUAAUGUGUGGAUCUUUGUGCAAUAUAGCUGUUUGGUGACUAUGGUGUGACUUGCAAAGCUUCGUGCAGGUGUGAAUCAUGUAAACACUUUUUAGAUAAUCUAAAGCUUUAACAGAAAGGCCUUGUUUAAAAAUAAUCUGAAAUGUAAAAGUGGUGUCUUGUUUUUUUUUUUAAUAAAAGUUGAAAAUACAGUGUA